AUGGUCUCAUUCACAUCAGAAUACAUCAGCGUUGGUGGAAAUAGGCACCCUGCUGCCGCAGACUGGGAUGUGCAGACCGGCAUCCUCGCGUACGGUGCAGAUAACAAUGUAGCCUUGUGGGAUCCUCUGGAAGAAUCUCACCGGGGAGUUUAUUCGGUCCUUGUUAGUCAUACCGACAAAGUCAACGUCGUCAGAUUCUAUACCUGUCCCACUACAGGAACGAAGCUCCUCUUAACUGGUUCUGUCGACUGCACCGUGGGAUUAUGGCGUACCGAUACAAUUGACCAAAGGAAAUUCACCCAUGCGCUUACCCUGACAGAGCAUACCGGCUCCGUCAACGCGAUAGGCACAGGUGCGGGGAUUGAUAUCAUCGCAACAGGAGGGGCGGAUGGAACUGUCAAGAUCUGGAGGAUAGAUGUCAAGGAAUCUGUGAAAGGAGAGUUAUUGGAGAGUCUAUCCAUGAAACCACGUUAUUUCCCACUGGCGUUAGCACUGGCACCGCUUCCGACAGACACGGAAGAUAGACCGGUUGCGUUGGCAGUCGCUGGAACCACCAAUGCAGUGCAGAUAUACACUGCUGAAAACACACACGAAUUACCACGCUUCAAAGUAUCCGCUACACUUUCUGGCCACGAGGCGUGGGUGCGCUCCCUUUCGUUCACAGUGGACAUGCAGAGCAAGACCGGGGAUCUCUUGCUUGCUUCUGCCAGUCAGGACAAGUAUGUUCGAUUAUGGCGCCUGAACCGUGGUGAGGCCGCAGCUUCUGGUUCUGUGGGGCCUGAUGAAGACCCUGUUCUCGGUGGGCUCGAGCCAACAUUGUCCAACAAAGCCCACCAAUUUAAAGCAGCAGGAUCCAAAUACUCCAUGACGUUUGAAGCUCUCUUGUUUGGCAACGAAGAUUGGAUUUACACCACCGCCUGGAACCCCAAUCCAGAGCGCCAGCAACUUCUCACUGCUUCCGCAGACAAUACUCUGACUAUAUGGGAACAGGACCCAAUCUCCGGAGUAUGGCUCUCCGCGGAACGAAUGGGAGAGCUUAGUAUCCAGAAAGGCUCUACCACAGCCACUGGUAGUACUGGCGGAUUUUGGAUUGGUCUUUGGUCGCCUGACGGUAGCCAAGUUGUUAGCCUUGGACGUACAGGCAGUUGGAGGACAUGGAAGUAUCAAGCCGAGUCUGAUGACUGGGUCCAAACUCUGGGCAUUACCGGACAUGUGCGAUCCGCUAACGGACUUCAAUGGGAGUCUUCAGGUGGCUAUCUUCUAUCCACAAGCGCCGACCAAACAACUCGACUCCAUGCGCAGUGGCUUUGUGAUAGUCAAAGGUCAUGGCACGAAUUCUCGCGGCCGCAGAUCCAUGGCUAUGACUUGAACUGCGUUGACACUUUGGGUCCGCAGCGUUUUGUGUCAGGUGCCGAAGAGAAGCUUUUACGAGUAUUCAACGAACCUGCACCAAUCGCCAGACUAUUGGAAAAUCUUUCCGGACUCUCACAGAAUGCAGAGGGCGAUCUUCCUGACACAGCGCAGAUACCAGUUUUGGGAUUGUCCAACCAAGCUCUUGGCGAAGCCCCUGUGGAAGCAGACACGGCCGAGGCCGAGAGCGCUGGACAAGCGCAUGCUUAUCAAGCAAUAUUGUCCAAGUCGACUCAACCUCCUCUUGAGGACCAAUUGGCUCGUUAUACUCUGUGGCCAGAACACGAAAAGCUCUAUGGCCAUGGGUACGAAAUAUCCGCCGUGGCUGUGAGCCAUGACCGCGCACUUAUUGCCACUGCAUGCAAGGCCAGCUCGAUAGACCAUGCAGUGGUGCGUUUGUACGACACGUCCGAUUGGCACGAAAUUCGACCAUCACUUGCAGCGCAUACCUUGACUAUCACCAGUCUCGCCUUCUCAGCCGAUGACCAGUAUCUCCUCAGUGUUGGACGGGAUCGGCAGUGGGCAGUCUAUCGUCGGAGUGAAUCAAAUACCUCAAUGUUUGCGCUCAUGACAUCGAACCCCAAGGGCCACUCGCGCAUGAUUCUUGAUGCUGACUGGGCUCCUGCCUCAGAGUCUCAGUCUCCUCUCUUUGCCACAGCUGGCCGAGAUAGAUCAAUCAAGUUGUGGCAGCUAUCCGGGGAGUCGAUCGAGUGCAAGGCUAUCAUUCCAACAAGGAACUCAGUCACAGCCCUGUCCUUCCUACCGCGUAUCUAUGAUGGUUUGCUCUACCUUGCAACAGGAGAGGAUGAUGGAAAGGUCUCCGUCCACCAGAUCAAGGCAGACGGCGUCGAACCCAGCCCAUUGGCUAGUCUCGAUAGAGACCAAUCACCGUCAAAGACAAUCACAGAGCUAUCAUGGCGUCCUCUCACACAAAUGGGUGAGGCAAGGGUUGAUAGAAUGACCUUCGAGCUUGCUGUGGCAAGCGAAGACACUUCAAUACGCAUAUAUAGCAUAUCUGACAUGGUGUCGGAUCCAUGA